GGGGCGGUAUAUAAAGGAGGUAGCGCGCAUUCUAUCUCAGUUGCCGCCAAAUGUGUUGCUCGGCUGAGCGCGUGCCAAUCUAAAGGCUACACUACAUUGAAGGAGAUGAGGGCAUGUGUUCUGCUGCUAUGCCUGCUCCACUGGCGCCUGAUCCAGCACGGGACAGAUGGCAAACGGUUCGAUCCCUCCAUGGUAGACCCUCUGAUGCGGAGGAGCCCCUUGGACAAGAACUUCAUGAGGUUCGGCCGCUCAAGUCCAGCAUAUACGGAGGAAGAUGAAGCCGAAGAGAGAAAUGAUUCUUCACCGGACGUGGAAACGAGUAAAGAAGAAAACUUUCUGAGAUCUAUGCGAGGAAAAGACAACUUCAUCCGAUUCGGAAGAGGGAGAACUGAUAAUUUUAUGAGGUUCGGUAGAGGAAAGCAAGACAAUUUUAUGAGGUUCGGACGAGGUCCCAAUGAGAAUUUCAUGAGAUUUGGAAGAGGGAAGCAAGAUAACUUUAUGCGCUUGGGUAGGGGAAAACAGGACAAUUUUAUGAGGCUUGGUAGAGGUAAGCAAGAUAACUUUAUGCGUUUUGGUAGGGGCAAACAAGACAAUUUCAUGAGGUUCGGAAGAAAAUUUGAAAGUGAUGUUUUGGACACGUUUAACAAAUAUGAAGGCGUUGAUCCGGAACUUUUACGAGAAGCAAGAGGCAAACAAGACAACUUCAUGAGGUUUGGAAAGAGCUCAUCAGCAGGAUUUGAUAUUGACAUACCAAUUGCAAUGCGCUCCAUCACUCCAAAGAGUAAUAGUAAUUUUAUAAGGUUUGGAAGAGGUAAACAAGACAGUUUCAUGCGCUUCGGAAAGUCAGAUGGUAAGCAAGGAUUUUCACAUUUUGUUGAAGAUCUAGAAGAUGCUGGAGAAAUUAAAGAUCCUACUAUCAGCACCACAGAUUUAUUCAAUGAUCAAACCUCUUCCAAUAACAUUUUCAAAAGGGCAGCAAAAUCUAAACAGUCUGACUUGCUCCGUUUUGGGCGGCAACCUCCUAACAAAGAUGACAGCUUUAUCAGAUUCGGAAGAAACUCUCCAGGUCAACCCGAAGAAGACCCAUUAACUACUGACUUCAUUCCUCAAAGGCUGAAACGUUCUGUACCAAACUUCUAUGACACUCAAGACGAAAUGUACCCCCAGUACGAACAAGAAGGCCACAUUAUAACUCCAUUUUCCUCGCUUUCAGACGGUACAGAAAAUGGAUUUUCUUCUCAGAUGGAAGACUACACCAGUAGAAAGAAGCGAUCUUUGAGUCACGCACCAUCAACCGCUGCUCCUCUUGCAGAAGAAGAUUCUUCAGUAGAUUAUGUAUUCACUAAAAUUCGCUUUGAUAGUCCACCAAAACCUGAGUAUCAUUCCUCAUUACUUUCAGCAGGGAUUCCCAAUGUGAUCGUUGGGCCUGAGUUUUCUCUUCUUCCCGAUUUGGAUCCUCCCUCUUCAAUGCUUAAAAAGAGUCGUCCUGGGGAUCAGAACUUCCUCCGACUCGGCUAAGUUCUACUAGGUGGGCUACAACUCAAACUUGUACAUUGUUGCCAAUGAGAGACUGUUUUUAUCUCCUAAAACACUUUAUUUUACUUGUAAUUGCAUAAAAUCAAUGAAAUAUAUGACUAUGCAUUUAAAAGAACAGUUAUUAAAUUUACGAUUUGUUA